AUGACGGUCUUCAUCGCGUCUCUCUUUUUACCAUACACUGUCAACUUUCACGUUGAAAACUCUCGCUAUCGCGCCGUCCCACCUCCUCCGACCGCCGUUAAUAAUGCGGGGGCUGAACCGGCUACUCCGCACCCCAGUGCGGGCGCCAGUUUAUUCGAGAAGAAUGAUCCUAAACCUCAGCAAGGGUUAACCCCCGGUGCGACAACCGACCAUGAGCGGAUAUUUACAAGCAACCCCGGGAAGCCCGAGAAAGAGCAAGAUGGAUACUUCGCGUUAGCCCCGAUUCCGGAACACGCAGAAAGUCAACUCCUCACCGAGAGUGAAGGUCAUUCUCCAGCAUGGGGUGCUACGACAUCGCUGAAUCAACCGAGGCCUCAGACACUCCUGUCGCCGUCGCCGUCGAUCUUGAAGCACCAGGAUCAUGUUAUGCCCAACAAGGAACCUGCGCCGAAGACCCCGGAAACCAAGGCGACCAAUCCAUACCUCGGGGUCAUCAAGCCGGAGAUGUUCGCCCGCAAGCAGUCAUUUUCCCGAGUAGAUUGGACCGUUGAAACCGCCGAGCAAGGCAACGGUGGUUUGCGGAAUGCCGUUCGUUCCGCGAAAGAGUCUGGAUAUCUGGGUGAGCUGAUGUGGGUCGGCACUGUGGGAAUGCCCACUGAUGCGCUGAUCAAUUACACGCGCACUGAGAUUGCCGAGAAAUUGGAAGACGAGUACGACUCGUUGACGGUUUUUGUUAGCGAUGGUGACUUUGAUGGACACUACACCCACUUUUGCAAGACGAUUCUUUGGCCCGUUUUCCAUUACCAGAUUCCAGACAACCCAAAGAGCAAGGCCUAUGAAGAUCAUUCGUGGAUCUACUAUGUGAAGCUGAACCAGGAAUUUGCAGAGAGUAUCGCCAAGAACUGGAAGCGCGGCGAUUCGAUUUGGGUCCAGGAUUAUCAUCUGCUGCUUGUUCCUGCGAUGUUGCGCAAGAUGCUGCCUGAUGCCGAGAUUGGAUUCUUUCUACACAUCGCGUUCCCGUCGUCGGAGGUCUUUAAAUGUUUGGCCCCGCGGAAAGAACUUCUCGAGGGUAUCCUCGGCGCCAAUUUGAUCGGUUUUCAGACGACCGAGUACUGUCGGCACUUUUUGCAGACCUGCAGUCGUAUUCUGUGCGUGGAGGCCACCAAUGAGGGCAUUCAGAUGGAAGAUCGUUUUAUCAACGUUGGGACUUUCCCAAUUGGUAUCGAUCCAACCUCCUGGGACAAACGUCGUAAGGCGGCCGAUGUCGAAAGAUGGGUCGAUACAAUUUCCGAUCGUUACCAGGGCAAGCGGUUGAUUGUCUCACGGGAUAAGAUUGACUCUGUCCGCGGUAUUCGGCAGAAGCUUCUGAGCUACGAGCUAUUUCUGAACACAUAUCCAGAGUGGGCGGACAAGGUUGUUCUCAUCCAAGUGGCAACCAGCACCACAGAGCAGCCGGAGUUAGAGGCAACCAUCUCUGAUAUUGCCAUGCGCAUCAACUCCAACCAUUCGACUUUGGCACACCAGCCCUUGGUUUUCCUGAAACAAGACUUGGCAUUCCCUCAAUACCUUGCACUUAUCACGGUAGCGGACGCUUUAAUGAUCACCAGUCUCCGCGAGGGCAUGAACCUGACCAGCCAUGAGUUUGUGUACUGUCAGGAUGGCAGUUACGGCGAUAAGAAAUAUGGAUCACUCAUUCUCAGCGAAUUUACAGGCAGUGCAUCAGUCUUUGGAAACCACGCACUGUUGGUCAACCCUUGGGAUUAUCGACAGUGCUCCGAGGCGAUUCACACAGCGCUCACCAGGGAUGAGAAAAAGAAAAAGGAGGUAUGGGAGGCACUGCACCGCGCAGUACUGCAGAACUCGACCGCCAACUGGGUCAAGUCCUUCAAUGAGACUCUGACUCAGGUUUGGAACGAGCAAUCUUCACGAGAGAUCAUGGCCGUGCCGCGACUAUCUACGCCGCGACUAAUUGAAAGAUACCGACAGUCAAAGCGCCGACUCAUGAUUGUCGACUAUGAAGGCACACUCGCCUCAUGGGGAUCUCCACGUAGUAUCAUUCUUACCACGCCCCAGCGUGCAAUCACAACCUUGACAGAACUAACCGAUGACCCUGCCAAUAUUGUCUACGUGAUGAGCUCUCGCAUGCCCGAGGAGAUGGAGCGGCUAUUCCGCCAAGUCAACCACCUGGGCCUGAUUGCCGAGAACGGAUGUUUCGUUCGCAAACCCGAUUCCGAUGAGUGGUCGAAUCUUGCCGACAAGCAUAGCAUUCAAAAGUGGAAGACUGCAGUCUCGCCCAUCCUGGCUUACUUCAAGGUGCGCAGCGAGGGGAGCUGGGUGGAAGAGCGACAUUGUUCCCUUGUGUUUCACCAUGGAUCGGCCGAAGACCGCCUCAGCGCUGGGCGAUUGGCUGCUGAAUGCGCGGAUCACAUUAAUGAUGCAUGCGCUGGUCAUGGCGUACAUGCGAUUCCAGUCGAGGGCGCUUUGAUUGUAGAAACCUCCAGCACGAACAAGUCAUCUGCUGCUGCGAAGGUCUGGAAGUGGUCAUUAGAAGAUUCGAAGCAGAACGAAGAAGUCUCCAAACCCGACUUUUUGCUGAUCAUUGGCGACAACCGUGAAGACGAGCCUGUAUUCCGGUGGGCGAACAAGUUGGAAGAUGCCAAGGCUGUGGACUAUGCAAUGACUGUGACAUUGGGGUCGAGAAGCACGGAAGCUAGGGCGACAUUGACGCAAGGCGUGACAGGUGUUCUCUCUUGUCUGCAGCAGCUAGCAGCACCUGCAGGGACAAACUCGACGCAGCAGUAA